UUUCUCACAUGCAUUGUAUGUAUUAACCGAAGUCAUGAUGGACCGUGUUGGACUGAUUUUUAUAAUUUUGGUGUUUACGUCUGGUUCUUGUCAGUGUUUUCUCUUUGGGAAAGAUAAAGUUGACUGUCUUAUGUCGCAAUGGAGCCAAUGGAGCGAUGUCUACGGAUUUGGAGCACGGUCUAAAGAAAGGGCAAUUCUCAGGUAUCCUGACAAUGGUGGCAAGCCAUGUCCUAAUGAUAUUGAAAUUACUGAGUACACAACACAGAAACCUACGAUUCAAACAACAGCUAAACAAAUCAUCACCAGUUUUCUGCAGAGAAGAUUGAAACCAAAUCCUUCAUCUCCUCGGAGAAUUGUAAAGAGAGACGAUCCGAUUGGUCUUUUCAGAGAUUUAUUGAUAAUCAUUGAUUCGUCUGGUAGCAUAGGAGCGAGUAGCUUUAAAAUUGCAAAACAGCAAAUAGGUGAACUCCUAGGUCUGAUAUGUCCUGUACCAGAUCCCUUCAAUUCGAACAGACGUAGUGGUUAUAACCGAGCGGCACUUAUUCAGUAUUCUAGUAACGUGGUUGAGGAAUUUGAUUUCUAUGACCAACAUAGUUUAGCAGACCUCAAAUCUGCAAUAAUGUCAAUACCAUAUCAAGCGGGAUUGACCUGUACCGGAGAUGCUUUAUAUGAGGCAAUACAAAUGUUUACAUCAUCAAAAGGCGCGCGUCAAGGAACCAAACAUGAGGUUUUGAUUUUAACUGAUGGCAAAUCCAACUGUGGAAAAAAAAUUUCAACGGUAUUGCCAACGUUGCAUGCUAAAGCAACUGUAUUUGGAUUAAUGAUUGGUAAUUUUAAUAUCGAAGGCAAGAAAGCACUCGCAUCGUAUGUCAGUAAACCAUCACCCGAUCACUUAUUUGCCGUCGACGACUAUCAAGACCUGGAAAGACUAUUGAAUUUCAUAAAAGUGCAGUUAGAUCAAAACCAUCCAUGUGCACACUUCGAUCUAUCGAAGAAAUGAUACAAUACAAAAUUUAUCUUCAAAACCUGUUUUCUAUAUAAAUCCACUAUAUAAAAUUUACUUGUGAUUUUGAAUGAGUAAUUAUUAUAAUCUCUAGUUAGAUUCAUAGUCAUUGUUGCCUGAUGCAGCUCUUAGGUUUCAAACCGCGGUCGUUUUUUUUUGGAAUGCUGUAAGGUCAAACAAAUAAGCGUAAAUGGCAAAGAAACCUCAAAUGCAUAUAAUGUUUCGAAUAAAUAAAGGCAACAGUAGUAUACCGCUGUUCAAAAUUCAUAAAGUGUUUCAAUAAGUAAAUGCAUACUGUUCAUAGAUCCUUUGAUAGUUUCGGAUUUUUCUUAAAUAUAAAUAGGAAGGGACAACUAUUUUCUAAAUUUUAAAGUCAAUAUAUAUAAAAGCCAUAUUGAAUUUAAUGCAUUAACAAAUUUACCAAUCUCUGGUAUAAUACACAUCUUUUUUUAAAUUUCAAUCUCUCUGUAUUUCCAUCAUGUUGCAAACAUGUAGAUCUUGUUUUUUGUACAGGCUCGGUUAUACUUAUUUUUUGUCCUUUUCGGUUAUAUCUUUAUACAGAUUUUAGAUUUUCAAUGUAUUUGGCCUCGAGCAUCAUUGAAGAGCAUCUUGUGCCGUAAAAUUGGUACCGUUAAUGUUAAUUCGACAGAUUCAGUAAAGUUGUUUUAAUCAAUUCAUGUAUAAUAUCUUAUUUACAUGUAUCUAUAUUAUGCAAAUUAAA